UUUUCGAGCCUCCCUCCGAACGACCCGGGUGCAACCCUCCACCUCUCGCCGAAACCUUACAUAUCUUUCCCUCUACACCUUUGUACCCUGACCCGGCUUAUGGUUGAUACUCUUCGCUUGGUGGAAUGGACUCUCAGGACGGUAUCACCGUCCGACCUAUGAGGCUCAAGGUGCUCUACACAUUCGAUGAUGCCAACAAAACGAAUUGCCUGGCUCGCUGGCCCCAUCUCCUCGAAAUUCAGACAGCUUUCCUCGAUGAGAAAACACAAAUCGGUGUCAUUGAACUGAAGACAUGCAUCCAAGCCAUCGUCUCAGCAAGUCCGGAACUCGUUGCCAAGCUUGGACAAGAUUAUACGGUGUAUGCCUAUGAUUACUCGGAAUAUGAGACGCCCCUCGUCGGACAGGGAAUGCUGUCUUGGGUUUUGGCUUCCGCUUCUCCAACUCCGGACGCACCGGCACAUCAAUCGGAAACUAUGGUCACCGGGCGGGUGUGCAAGAAUGUUCUGGGAUUAUUCUCGAAGGGUGCCCAGGAGACAUUGGAGGUUAAAUUACGAUUAGUCCCUGUUCCCACGGUCAUGCAAAGCGAGUACCUGGACAGCAUGCAGCGAUACCGCGAACUGAGCAAUGUCAUCCCCCAUGAAUUCGACGCACAGGCCUGGACCAAUUUUCUUCGCCAGAACCCCGGUCUGCUGGCCCCCCGCCUUCAACAACCCGACCGGACAUCAUCGCCCGUGGAUCACGCUGGAAUCGAACGCUUCCAUCGAUUGCUGAGUGAGGGGUCGACGCCAAGAGAGCUGCCCUCGUUUGCCGCUAAUGGAUCCAUUCGCUCGGUAUCGCCCUCACAGUCCAUCUUGGGCCAUGCAAGCCGAAUGACUACCCCUGCAGCCUCGGGGCAGCAGCAGGAGCAAGCAUUGCAGCUGCACCAGCCACAGGAACGAUCCCACACAGAUGUUAUUCGCCCCUCAUCGAGCGCCUCCAUGCGCGAGUCCGACCUCCCCUCCCAGGCCAGAUUUGCCAGCCGCCGAGGUUCCAUGCAGUCCGGCUACGGUAGUGGUGACGAGUCCUCGGAGCAACAACCCCGAAAAAGAGCCAAGCUGUAUCGUGCGGAUUGGCCUGGCAAGUCCGAUUUGAACAUCGAAAGGCAACCCAGCUCUCUUCGUGUGGCCGCCAGCACGGCUGCCUCUGUCCGGAUCCAUCGCCCUACCCCCGUCAAUCCUUCAAUUGCCACUGCUCAGAGUUCGAAUGAAGAGCCCGUUCGCCCGCCGACUCCGAUCUCCCACGGAAGUGAUCUUCCUCGCCGCGCACGGCCCCCGCCCAGCCUCUUGCGCGAGUCGGCGUCGACUCAGAGCCAUGGGCAGUACAUGUCACCCUACGCCAUGAGCGAUGAUCAAGCUCCCGGGGACCACACCCAGUCGCCGGAGGAGUCCCGGUAUCAAGGCCUCUUCGAGCCCUCGUUUAAUAUGCCGUCUUCCCCUCCCGUUCUGGACUGUGGAUUCCCGAGCCGCUCCAGCCCGGUUCUCCCGCCGAUGGCCACAGAUCCGGACUCGGGUUUCAUGAGCGGUGGUAUGGAUGAUCUUCUGGACGAGGAUAUGGGGACCCCCUUGGAUGAUUGCACCAGAUCGGCUUCCCACGAUGCCGCUCGCGGCAAACGAAGCGUGCGUCCAGCUGCGCCAGCGAGCUCGCCUGUUGGACCCAUGAACCAUGACAACUACCCCGCCAGUGAUGCGCCCGACCAGCCGGCUAAGGAGAAGGCGUCUGCGGUCCCUCGUGCUCCAGCCAGCGCGGCGGGGUCAAGGCCAUCAUCUCGUGCAGGUAUCCGACAGGCACCCAAGCCACUGGCCCCUGCGCCCAUGUCGCAGAGUGAGUUGGAACAGCUUAUGAGUGUGAUUCCAGCCAGCGACCCAGUGAUGCCCUCCCAUGUGCAUAUGCAGGGCACGCAGUCCUGGAAUGGCCCAAUGAGUGACUUUUCGGUUGCUGAAACGCCUGCUCCCCCGCCCCCCACGGAGGAUGGCAAGGUUCGCAGUGGUGCCGGUGCGAGACGACUGCGGCAGGUUCAAGCGCGCCUUGAUAAGUGUAUCGAGAAUGGACAGGUUCCGCCUUAUUGUGAAAACUGUGGUGCGAUUGAGACCCCUACCUGGCGUAGGGCUUGGUCCAAAGAGAUUGACGGCAGCGAAGAGGAGGCCAAUGAACUUGUCAAGGACCCCACGAUGCUGUUCUGGCAGGCCGUGGACCGUAAUGAUGAAGAAAAAGUCACCAAAUUCAAGAUUUACAAGAAGAGCUUGGUGGAUACGGACAAGGACUUUGUCCAGGUCCUUCUUUGCAACCCCUGUGGUCUGUGGCUUCACAAGUUCAAGGCCAUGCGGCCCGAGAACAAGUGGAACAAGUCUAGCAACAACAAGCGCAAGCGCCCUCCGAGGAACCGCAAGGGCGGCGGUCCGCUCUCGAGUAACACCGCGUCGGCGAGAAGCCGUGCCCGGGCCGAUUCCAGCAAACCUGAUGGCUCAUCGCCUGGGGCGUCCGACGCAUCCUCGCCUCCGGUGGAUGAUGGUACCACGCCCCGGGGUGAAACGGAGAACAACGAGAACGAGCCGACCACUGUACCGGAAAAUGACGAAGUUCAGGAGCUGCCAGCCAAGCGACGCCGUGCCAACAGCCUGGAGCCGCGCAAGUCAUCCGAUACGGCGGGAAGUCGUUGGCAGGAGCAAGAUCCGGUGGAGGCCCUCCGUGCGGCGAUCCAGUCGAGCCCAGCUCGGAAUCUUGAACACCGCAAUGCUUCGGCUGCGGGUGAGAAUGCUCUGACUCCCAAGUCCGUGAGAAGAGUGCUUUUUCCCAAUUCGGGUAAUGAGGGCGGGCCUUUGCGAACCUUGGGUGAAGCCACUUUGAACAGCCCUCGUCGCAGCCCUCGGGCCUCUCGUGGAUCCGACAAGCAACCGGACGACAAGGAAAAUCAGACUUCUGCCGAGCUAGACGGGCUUUUCGAGAGUCCUGACUUUGACUUUGACCUGCCGACGAGUCCCACGCCGCGGCGUCGCAACCCCCGCGCGAACAUUCUGGGCGAAAAACGACUGUCGCUUCCCAGCAAUUCGCCGUCGCGAAGCCGGAAGACGAUCAGCUCGGACGCGACCCCGACCCGAAUCACCGCGCAACGACUCCAACGGAUCCAGAGCAGCCCGGGGCCGGCGCGCAACAGCAAGACGCCCAAGCAGUCGCGCUCGCAAGGGCUUGGACUUCCUGCUUUGGCGGAAGAUGCGUUCAGCACGGAUGCCUUUGAGGGUAUGGACAACAUGAUCGUGGAUAUCUUCUCAGACGCCCCGUCUGCGCAUACGGACGCACUAUUUGCUUUGGAUUCGAAUAAAGGCAACUGGCCCGACUGGAUUCCUUCAGAUUAUGUCUCUCCUACGGGAACCGACGGCGAGCCUACGAGUGGCGAGCCUGCUGAGGACACGGGGGAUCUCAUCAAUGCGCUGCUGUCUGACCCGGACCUCCAAAAAGACCCCCAGUUUGAUAUCUUCGGUUAUGUUGAUACGACCGUGCUGGACUCGGGGUUUUUCAGCUCGGAUGCGCUCAACGCGGACAGCGUGGCGUUGAGCGUGAAAGACAAGGGUGAAUCUCUUAAGGAGAAACAACCGCAACCUACCACUGACGCUUAAUGAGUUUCUUUCUGUUAUGUGACGAUGCCGACUUUCUUUUGAUUUCCUUGUGUGUUUAGCGA